AUGACGGCGCACACGGUGCUGCGUGCGCUUGUUCGGCGUGCGGCGGCGUAUGAACGACCGUUCAAUAGUCAAGACUCUCUCUUGAUUGUUAGGGCGUUACAGGCUCUGCGUUACCGGAGCGACGACGUAAGAGGCGUGUGUGAAAAGUGUGCCUUUGCAAUUGCCUCUUCUCGUAUUACGGUGCCGGUGGAACGUGCUAUAGAGGCGCUCAGUGGUCUAUUGUCGCUUCAGGCAGGCGCUCUUCCUGUUGUACAUGAAAAGCUUGCAGAACGACUCACCGAGGUGACCCCACAAACGGCCUCUCCACGUUAUGUACAGAAGGCGGCCGUUGUUAUUAUGAAGCUUGGUAGACGGUACUGCAAGCCCGCGAUAGCAGAUCAUGUGUUUGACGUCCUUACGCAAUUGUUGCCGUCACACCCGAACGAUGUUGCACUGCGAUUAGCCGUGAUUAGUGUUUUCAUGUACACCAGCAGCGCGGUGAAAUAUGAGGCGAUGUGUUGCAAGGGAACCGCAAGGAAUGAGGAUUUGAAGGAGGAGAAGGAUCGACGUGUUCUUACUCUUUUGGAAGCAGCCACGCACAUUGUGGACGCCCAUGUGUUAAGUGCGUUGCGUGGAAACAGUACAUUGCAGGCAUUUCACAUUUUUCCCGUCCUUUCAUGGCGGUCCUUAAUACAUGACACCUCAAAAAGAAACGGACAGGCAUGUAUCGAUGGGAUGAAUAGUCCUGCUGAUCAUGAUUACGACCGCAUGUUGACGAAAUGGGAGCGUGUAGAGAAUGCAUUUUUUGAGGAGUUGCAAUUCUCUACGGUUGUUCCGGGUGGUUAUGCACAGUUUAUGUUUGAUUUUCUUCCGACCCUUGGCAGGAAUGACACCUCCGGCGUUGUGUUCAAUUUGGCGCUUUUGGAUGUCGUUUGCCAUGAAAACUUCCGCAAGGCUUUGAACUCUUACGAUGUGGCGAAGAUUGCCAUGUCAGUGAGUCGCGCCCUUUUAAAUCGGCGUUUUUCCGCGGGACCGAGGACGGGAAGGACUUUAACGGGGGUGGAAAGGGCGAAGGACGAAGAAGAAGGAGGUAAUGAAAACGAUCGAGAGAAGUUGGAGGAACGUACGCUGCUGCGGGUCGUUGGGAGUCUCGUGCAGCAGUUGUGUUUUUUUGAUGCCGUCGCAGGCUGGUCACGUCCUGAUGGUGGACGAGUGGACCAAGUGGCCGUUGGCGCUGUAUGGCGUGUCACACAGAAGUUCGUCUGUAAUUUGCAGCCAGGGGCAGGGGAGGUUCAGCAGACGGUGGCGCAGCUUGUGAGGCUCACUAAAGGCAUUGCCUCAAAGCUACCAGAUGUGUGGUCGUGGGUGUUGUACUCCAUGAGUCUGUGCGCCCGCACAACGGUUUACAAUGACGGCUUAAGAGAUGGGAUGGAAAUACUCGUGCAGGAGUCGUCUCUCGCACGCCGUCCAGAGGAGUUACCGCUACGAUCCUGUGUACAGGCUCUAUACGCAGUUUCCAUCCUAAUGGUACCAAGUACCGAGGAAAAGGAGUUGAUGCUGCGAGCCACCCAGGCAUCUAUGCGUGUUCAAGAACGGGUUCAGUUACGUAGGGCACAAUGGACUCCUGAACACCCUCUUGUUGUGUCUAUGCUGCAGCGUUUGCUGAAUUUCCGCUUUAGAGAAUAUUCUGGAGAUGACAUCCCCAUGCUUUUACAGUCACUUUCUAAUCUUCUGGAAGUGACAACGGCACAGCGCGCACAACCGCUUCCUGCUAUCCAACAGAUGAUGGAGAGAGUGUUUUAUUAUAUGCAGGGAAACCGCAACUUGGACUGGUACCGCAUGCAUGGUGUGAGUACCACCUACACCUUGUUAUCUAUGGCGGAAUUUUUUCCGGUAGACUGCAAGCAACUUCGUGAUGCGGUGAAGCAAUUUCUCUUUUACUUGCAAUCGGAGGAAAUGAUAGAAUUGAGCGUGCUGCGCCGUUGGUUGGAGCCGUUGACGCUACAAAAAAGACGAGGGGUCAAUACCACAUGGCUCUGUGAAGAAAUUUUGAAAUUGUUGGCAAUGCAGGUGCAUUGUGCGUGUACCGGAAGGAAGGAACCCUUUCAUUUCUUACUGAACGCUCUGGAAUGUGCCCAUGAGAUUGGCGCUUCUAUUGCAUUUGUUAAUUCAUCAGAAGAAGUCUCUAAUACUCGGCGUGUGACGAUCCAUUUGGAUUUGGAGCCCUUUCUUCAUGAUGGGAUGUUGAAAGCUGUGGAUGCGGCACAGGUAUUGCGCAUUAUGAGUUAUGAGGUGCAAAGCGCCGGCUUGGUGCGGGUCCAUGGUGAUCACAUUGUUCAGCUGCGACGUAUUGCCAUCGGCGACGAACCGGCUGCCGGCAAGCGCGUGGAAACGUUACUACACUUGCUGCGAGCGAAUGCCACUUUGCAGGCGUCAAAAGCCCUUUUUGAUACAAGAACCUUGGAACAAAUCAUGGUUUCUUUAUGUCAUCAGUUGACGGAAAAUCGGAAGGCCCUGAUACAGCGGGGCGAUGCCGGCAAAAUUGUUUACGCUCUUUUAUCCUCACAGGUUUUACUACGAUUGGGGUGUUCAUUGCGGAGUUACAAAGGCCUUGCAGAGGCCGUUGGUGAAGUACUGGAUAGUUUGGAAGCUACAGGAGAGGAGAGGCCAGAAACAUUGUUCCAGCUGCGGCUUUUGUGUGGUCUAUAA